UCCCACUCCCGAAUCGGUUCCUCUUGCCCAGGCUAACGAUGGGCCUCCAGGAUUUUGUGGGCAGUGUGAAGGAGAAGGCCCAGAAGUUCAGCAAGUCCAGGCCAGAGACCAGUCCGACUCCACCACCGCCCGUGCCUAAUCUGGGCGAGGAAAUGCGCCUGAUGGUCGAAUCCGAGCCCUUCGAAAGUGGUUUCACAGCGUCAGCUCCCUUCCUCUGCGCCAGUCUGGGAGCCUGGCCGGGAUACUGGCUCUUUCGGGCAUUGGACUAUCACUCCUAUCGGGCGCACAUUCCGCUGCCCAUCUACAUCAAACAGACCUACUACCAGGCCAAAGUAGUGCAACUGUUCAUCAUUAUGGCGGGAACUUUCACGGUGCUCCGGAAGAACCGGCGACUGCGAUGGAUGCCCACAAUGGAAGUUGGAAAGACUUAGGGGGAGAACAUCUUCCCAGCUAUGGUUCUGGCAAAGUAUGGCCUCGAAGCUGACUCUUCUGGUGCCUCUACCCCGAAAUAUCCAAUAACAGCCAUGCCGCCAACUGCUGUAUCAUCAUUUUCCGAGCUAGGAAAUUGCGAAACAUGAGGCCCAUGCUGAAACUUGACCAAUAACUGGGAAUAACAAUAACUUUAAUUUGGACAAAAUUUCAACGAUAAAUAUUUUAACAAGA